AUGCAUCCAGCAGGAGCAGUAGAUCUGUAUCGAGCCGGUGAUGAGCUGAAUGCCAAUGGUCUUCUUCGAUUGAUUUUACCAGAUGAUAAGGGUGUGUGUUCGUCUUCGAGUACAAUGCCGAUUAAGUAUGCCAUUAAUACGACAACAUAUUGUGCGUGGAGCAUCGAAAAUUCAGAGAGUUGCAACAGAUCUUUGAAGAUGAAAAAUUAUUUCCUUGAUUAUAUCACUGCAAAUGCGAUUUGUGAUCGUUCAAAUGACAACUGCUUCACACCGAUUUUGAUAGAUUACAAUUACAAUGGAACCACAAACCAACUGAACGAUUGUCAAUAUUUGAGCGAUAUGCUCAUCGACAUCAUCACUCAAAACGGCGUUAUCACCGGUUUCAAAAUAAGAUUUGAUGUGAGCGAAGGACAUCUACGUUGCCCAUCCGAAGUGACUUGUCUUAAUGAGUUUCGAUAUUUCUUAAAAGUGAUCGAUUAUGGCAGCUCAAUGGCACAAUUCAUUUCACUUAUACCAAUCAUGAUUAUCGCUGUGAUUUUUGUCUCAUUCAAAUAUAUGUUCUAG